AUGAAUCAAUCCCGAAGCUACAUGAGUGCGUUCUUCCGACACAGUCAUUCACUCCUUUCACUCUUUCCGAAACGAUGGAACAUUAUUAAUUGUUCUCCGUCUUCAUCUGCAUGGUUCUUGCUCCAUCAUAGCUCAAGUAGUAGCAGCAGUAUUUUUUUAACCAACGAGAACAAUAACAAAUUCUUUUCUUUUUCAAAUCUACAACAGGCCACUAAAAAGAGCAAUACUUUUGGAAAAAACUAUUCAUCAAAGGCUACUCGGAAAUCUUCCCCCGUAUCAUCAUCCAAUCAUAAUGAAAAUAGUGAGUUAAAUGAAAAAACUAAAUCUAAAUUAGAAAAGAGGCUUGAAGACAUUCAACGUAUGCAACGAUGGAGACAAAAUGCUCAACAAAAACAUGCAGAAAAGAAAGCAGCUCAAAUGAACAAUCUAUUGAGCGACAAGUUAGCAAACUCUCGUCUUCCAAAGUCUUCAGAAAUUAAACCUCGAUCUUCAGUGCUUGCGAGAGUGGAUAAAACUUCGGUCGGAAGAAGAAGACAUGGUCAAAAAGCAAAGAAAGUUGAAAUUAAUAUAUAUUUUCCAAAACUAUUUCGAUCAAAAGUAUUGAAAAAAGUUCCAUUGGACAAGAUGGAUAAUUCUCUGCCAAAAAUUGCAUUCGCUGGACGUUCAAAUGUGGGAAAAAGCAGUCUUAUUAAUUCUCUAGUAACUAAAAAAGGAUCAGGAGGAAAAGCAAUUGUGAGUAACAAGCCAGGAGAAACGCAGGAAAUUAAUUGUUAUCAAGUUUCUGACGCCUUAAAUCUCAUAGAUUUUCCAGGAUAUGGCUUUGCAUUUGCUGACGAUGAAAAACGAUUGCAAUGGAUUAAGAACAUGCAAGAAUUUCUGUUGCAUGCUGUGAAAAUGAAAAGAGUAUUUAUUCUUAUUGAUGUGAGACAUGGAUUUAAGCAAAGCGAUUACUCAUUUUUAUCAUUUCUCAAUCAAAACAAGAUCAAAAAUCAAAUCAUUCUCACCAAAUGUGAUCUUUUAUAUCCAGAUGAAAUUGCAAAACAAUACGAUUAUUUGAAAGCUCAACUACAAGCACGCCCAUUCAAUUACACAUGUGAAGAAUUGAUUGUUGUCUCUGCAAAGAAAAUGAAUGGAAUCAAAGAGUUACAAGAAGAAAUUCUCUCAUUAUUACCUGACAAGGGGGCACGAUUUAGAACAUCAAAGAAAGACGAAUCGAUCAAAGUUCCACAGAUACCAAUAACCACACCUCCUCGACCCAUGACACUUAAAAGCAACGAUGAAGAAUCCUCAAUGGUUCUCCAACAUGGGAGAGAGGCAACAACUAAAAUAAUGAAAUCAGUGAGCUCCAAGUCCAACUCACCUCGUUCAUUGUCCUUUCAGAAAGCUUCUACAAAGAAAAAGCAAAUAACAACCAAUAAAAGUAAGAGCAACAAGUAG